CGACUUGUUCCUGCUGGGCACUCUUCCGCGCGAGAGAUGUGUCGGGUACGACCAGCGCUGGUUUCUGUGGGGUUUUAUAGUGGCCAGCCACCGAAGACUCAUCCCACGAUGACUCGGAGCUUAACCAAUGGCGGGCCGGCAGUUAUGGCGCAGGAACGAAUCGUGCCGGAUCCUUCCGACGGGCAGAGGCGCACGGGAGACCGCUGCUGCACUGGUGGCGGAGCAGGCGGAGCGUGUUGUGGCUAGCGCUCGUUGUAUGUGGCGGUCAGGAAACAAGCCGUGCGCUUCCCAUGCUCCCGCGACGUCGCGAAGCAUUCAAACGUGCACGUCACAUGAAUUGCUGACCACCAGCAGCUCGCCCUCGACGAAGAGGACCGUCCCUCCAUACCUUCGCCGCAAAAAGAAACCUUUGACGACCGUUUUCGGUGGUCGCCAAGCCCGCGGGGGCGCUGUCGCGUGCGCGGGCAAUUUCAACGAAGACGUCAACUGUAAAUCACGCCCAAAUCACGUUCCUCUCUCCGUCUUCGACCCCGCAUUGUUCUCCAACGGCGUUUGUUUCUCCCUCUCGGCAUCGCGCCUGAAGGUGUCACCUGCCGGGACGGCGGGGGCGCGGGACGGGCCCUGUGUUUAUGGCGGCCUCCUUCGAUUUCGUCGUGAAAUCACCGCCCCCCUCAGCGGUAAUCACCUUCGAGGCCCCGGGGAACGGCGGUGUGAAUCAAACCACCGCAAGCCCAGGCGUGACGGAGGCCUUCAUUGAAAGGCCUUGAGCGGAGGCCCAUGAAAGCCCUUUUGACCUCUUCCACUCCCCCUCUUCCUUCUCUUAUACCUCGCGAUGGCCAGGAUGAACAGCGCCGCACAGUAUGUCGUGCGACCACUUACAUCUGCUGACCUUGGUGCGGUCCGCG